AUGCCACCAAAAUCGAAAUAUGUAAUAGUACAGUUAGCCAGUGUUAUAUCGGGUUCCACGCGUAUAUGGAUACGUGAACGAACAGCGGAUAAAUUCCGUGGAAUAUUUUAUGAUCCUGCCGUUGGACGCGAAGUACUGUUUGAGGAAAAACAAAAAGUGAAAGGAAAAGCAACAUUGCCAGACAGUGUAAAGCGACGUUUCAAUCUGACAUGA